UUGUAGCUUUAUCGCUUUCAUGAGCAAGAUUACUCUCAUAUGCCGAAUAAGACUUCUCUUCUAAGGCAAACAUGAGUUCUGGGAAUCUUGGGGAACGACCCCCAAAUAGACGUAAAACUGCAAGAAAGCCGAAAGAACGAGACAACGGCCUGCCAGUUCUGAGCAAGCCGGAUGAGUGUCCCCCGGGUCCCAAACCCCACGGUGGAACUUCAGGGACUGCCUUGCAUGUGAUAUCUGGGGAAGGGCUUCGAUCGAGCAAACCCCAGAAAUCUGGUAUACGCAUGGUAUCUGGUAGACCCUACCAGCAGCACCAUCUUGGCACAUUUCCUCAUCUGGAGAAUAAGCCAGUGUGUCGUAACCCCCUGAAGACCAGCAGCCAUAAGGACAUCCUGCCCCGUAUUGCUCCUGUUAUCCACAAUACUCCUCCUGUGAUCCCGCCACCCAGCGAUGACGAUAGGCCUCGGACCUCGAAAUUCAGGUCCAAAGUGGAGAAUCUGCCAGAAUGCGUCAACAGUAGGACAAGUGCAGGACACUACAAUGGAGCAAAGUCACUGCCCCUAACACCAAGAGAGGCACUGAAAAUAUUCAGGGAUAAGCUGUCGGAGUUUGAGCAGGAAGAGAUCAUCAACUUUCCGGAGAUCUACUUCCUUGGUCUCGAUGCCCAGAAGAUCGAAGCAAUUAAAGGGGCUCCCCAAAACAAUGGCUUUGAUGAUGAGAAUGGCAUGUACAUCAAGGUUUUGCAUGACCACCUUCAAUACCGCUAUGAAGUUCUGGAGGUAAUUGGAAAGGGAUCAUUUGGUCAAGUCCUGAAAUGUAUGGAUCAUAAGACCAAAGAACUGGUUGCUGUUAAGAUUCUUCUCAACAAAAGAAGAUUCAAGCAACAAGGCCUGGUGGAGCUCAAGAUCUUGGAUCGGUUGCGCAAGAAAGAUCGGAACAACCACUUCAAUGUCAUCCACAUGAAGGAGUGCUUUAUGUUCCGUGACCACCUAUGCAUCACCUUUGAGCUCCAGGGAGAUAACCUCCAUGAGACUAUGAAGAAGAACCGCUAUAAGGGCUUCAGCCAAGCCACAGUGCGUCGCUUCACUCACUCCAUCCUUAAGUGCCUGCAGAUGCUUCAUCAUGAGAAGAUAAUCCACUGUGACCUAAAGCCGGAGAACAUCGUUGUUACCCAGAACGGCUCGCAGAACAUCAAAGUGAUCGAUUUUGGAUCUAGUUGCUUCGAUCAUGAGAGAGUGUACUCUUACAUCCAGAGCCGCUUCUACCGCUCCCCUGAGAUCAUCCUGGGCUGCAGCUAUGGCAUAGAGAUUGAUAUGUGGAGCCUUGGCUGCAUCAUUGCGGAGCUGUACACCGGCGUGCCACUCUUUCCUGGAGAGAAUGAGAAGGACCAGCUUGCCCUCAUCAUAGAGGUGCUGGGAGUGCCUCCGGAGGAGAUGCUUCAGACUGCGCCUAGGAUGAAAAAGUUUUUUGAGCCUAAUGGCAAACCAAGGCCCUACACUAAUACCAAGGGCAAGACCAGAAAAACUGGAUCCAAAGAUCUGGCCAGCAUUCUGAAGACCUCUGAUCCACUCUUUCUGGACUUCAUCAGGGGCUGCCUUGCCUGGGACCCAACUAAGCGCAUGACUCCGGAUGAGGCCCUUCAGCAUGAUUGGUUUGCUGAGGCCAAAAACAGGUGUCACACAAGGAUCCGUACCUCUAGGAAGACAGUUGAGGUCAACACCCCUCCCCAGUCCCCCAAGCAGGCGGCCGAGAAAUCCAUCCCUCUGGUGGCCGGGAAGUCCAUCAAGCAGGUGGCCGAGAGGUCAAUCACGGUGGCCGAUAAGUUUCACCGACUCUACUCUGCUAAGUCCUACAAGCAGGGCCAAGCAGGAAAGACCGAUAGGCAGAGCCCCGGGAGAGACAAGCUGGCUUCUCUGGACCACCAAUCUGUACCAGGUGCGACGGCCUGGAAGUAUGCAGCGGAGGGAGCAAUCAAGGUCCCCAGCAGUGGUGGCAGCAGGUGCAAGGUGGCCAAACCAAAGUCAGCCCAAAUUAUCAUCCCCCAUGGAUGCCACAACCCUUACUUCAGACCUGGAUCUUAAACAGGUCUGGCCCCGCCUCAACUGAGAGGCAACAACUAGGGCUGUUUUGAGGGUGGUUUUAAGGUGGUAUUGAUUUGCUCAUCCUUCUCGUGUGUAUCCUUACAUUCUUGACGCUAAGGGCCGGAUCCACCCAAACUUCAGGAAUAUUUGGACAUACAGGAGGUAUUGACAACUUAACAGCUAAGUUACCCCUUGCCCUCAAACUGAUGCCCUUCAUUAGGCCUACUGGCUAUAGGGUCAAGGAUGAUGCUUGAUUUGUGUGUGUCUGUGUGUGUGUGUGGUGAGGAAAUGACAGUGCUAUCACACCACUGAGGUUGAGUAACCUCCUGGCACACCUCAGCUCCCAAAUUAAAAAAGUGCUCACCUUUAAAUGUUAAAGACCAAAAACAUGUCAAUUGGUAAACUGGUGGACCAUGCUGAAUGACAACUUUGCAAUGGUUCGUAGGAAAUUAAUUGGAUAUACACUUUGGAUAUUCGGCCACCCCUUUCUAAAUUUCUUACUAUGCUCCCAAUGUAGCAUUUUAGUAGACUAGUCAUUGUAUUUGACAUCUUGAAGAUAUUAUAUUGCAAGUAUAUUGGUGCUCCUAAGAUGAAAUAUUUACUGCAGACACACCUUUGUAAAGUAUUUCAGCCUGCAUAUAUUACACAGCCUGAAUUAAAUCACUGAGCUGUAUUUCUAACCUCUACAUUUGCAUGAAUGUACUUGUCCAUCUGUUAUUAACACCCAAGGGAGCAGAUGUCAACCCUUAACUUUCUCACUGUAAUUCUGUCAUUUGUUGCCACUUUGCAAUGAUUCUUCUAUUGGAUAAAUAAUUUAACCAAACCUUCCUACCAUGCACCUAAAGCAGAAUUAUAACAUUGAGUGCGGAUCACUUAAAGGGAUCUACGCACCUUUGUAACAUAAUUAAGUCUUCCUUUAUCACUCAUUCUCUGAAUUGACCACUGAACCACUGAGUCCGAAUCAUUGUUUUUGACGUACGCACCUUUGGUUUAUAUUAUCAAAAAUAACAUAGAAUAAUAAUUAAUCGACCUCUAAAACUGAGCUUUGCAUGGAUAUAUUUGAACAUCUAUUAUUUAAACAUGGGAGUAGAUCUUAUCCCUCAUAUACUCAUCUAGUCACAGUAAUUCUCUACCAAAGAUGCAGAGAGUACUGCCUAAAAUUCCAGAUUGAUCAUGAUUUGUUUUGAAGUGUGAUGGCUCCAUCUAGUAGAAAUGUUCCUGACCUGAGUGAUUGUGACGUGAUAUGAUAUCAUAAGCAAGCAGCAUCAUUGACCUUAAGCUUUUACCAAACCAUCAUUAUAGACACAAUUGG